UGCACUGUGUCGCCCAAUUCCCGCACAUCGAUACCCAUUUGUUGUGUCUCUUGUUUGCUUCCUAGGUCUUUCUAAUUGCAUUGUCUCUCAUUUGCCCUCACAAUGACGCCCACACCCUCCGAAGCGGUCGCAAAGGUUGCGCAAGUCGCCUCUGGAACCAAGUCGUCGGCCACAGAGUACAAGAGAGAGUCCAACACAGCACGUUUCUUGGGUGCAGGAUGUGCGGGUCUUGCUGAGCUCAUGAUCUUCCACCCCGUCGACACAACAGCCAAGCGCCUCAUGAGCAAUGUCGGCAAGAUCGAGUCGGCGUCGCACUUGAACAAGGUAGUCUUCAGGGAUGCAGCCAACGCUUCAGUCGCUAGCCGAUUCUUCUCCCUCUUCCCGGGUCUUGGUUACGCCGCCGCCUACAAGAUUCUCCAGCGCGUCUACAAGUACGGUGGACAGCCCUUCGCACGCGACUACCUCGCCAGGCACCACGGUGACUUCUUCGACCAGACAUUCGGCAAGGGUAACGGCAAGGCAAUCAUGCACGCAAGCGCAGGUUCCCUGAUCGGUAUCGGUGAGAUCGUUCUGCUGCCACUCGACGUCCUCAAGAUCAAGCGCCAGACCAACCCCGAGGCCUUCAGGGGACGCGGACUGUUCAGGAUCAUUGCUGAUGAGGGCUUCGGUCUCUACCGUGGAUGGGGCUGGACCGCAGCUCGUAACGCUCCUGGAUCAUUCGCGCUGUUCGGUGGAUCCGCCGCUGCCAAGGAAUACCUUUACAAGCUGGAGGAUUACAACAAGGCCAGCUGGGGCCAGAACUUCGUCGCCUCGAUUGCCGGUGCCACUGCUUCCCUCGUCGUCUCCGCUCCUCUCGACGUCAUCAAGACUCGCAUUCAGAACAGGAACUUCGAGAACCCCGAGGGCGGCAUGAAGAUCGUCUCCAACAUGAUGAAGAACGAGGGCUUCUCUUCCUUCUUCAAGGGCCUCACACCUAAGCUGCUCAUGACUGGGCCCAAGCUUGUCUUCUCCUUCUGGUUGGCCCAGACACUGAUUCCUGCUUUUGGCAAGGUCAUGUAAUUUUGUUACUAGCGUUCAUGAUGAUGUUAUAUGUACUAUACGUGAGGUCUACGUUUGCAGGGAUAGAACUGGUCGCCUUGAAGGGCGUUAGGCAUACCGUGCACGAGUGAGUGUGUUCAGGGUCCAAGGAUAUGUAAUAUCAAGAUCUCCAUUCUAUUGACAUUAUAAUCACAUGAAGCAUGACACCAGGUUGUGGCAGGCUUGCAGCACUGGGGCGAAACAGCAC